UAUGUCAAGUUAAUAUCAAACUUCAGUUCGCAUUUUGGCAACGAUUUUUACAUUUUGCCGCGCAUCGUGCAUUCAGUUUUAAUUUUGCAUUAUUUAUUGUUUUCUACAGGCUCUCGUCUAUAUCGAUAUAAACACCUUUUAUCGUUUUCUUUAUCAUCACAAUUUAGUCGAGUAGAGAAAGCCCAAAUAACUAAUAAGACAAUAAUCUGAUCAAUAAUAGGAAAUGGUUUUGAACUCAUAAGCUCUGUUUCAGUAAAUAUUUACAGGCCUUCAUUUAUAUAUCAUAUUUAAUUUUAAUACUCUCAACAUGAGUCUUUUAGAUUUAUGUGAACAAUAUUUUAACACAACUAAUUUAUAUGAAAUUUUACAAAUUGAUGAAAAAGCAUCAGAUAAAGAAGUUAAAAAAGCUUACCACAAGCUAUCCCUAAAAGUUCAUCCAGACAGAGUAAAAGAGGAAGAGAAAUUGGAAGCUACUGAGAAGUUUAAGGUCCUUGGUGGUGUUCAUGCGAUUUUGAGUGAUAAAGAGAAAAGGGAGCUCUAUGAUACCACAAAGAGUGUGGAUGAUGGAGAAUACAAUAUAAUUAAGGAUAGAGAUUGGACAGUGUACUGGCGAUUGCUCUUUAAAAAGAUUACAGAAGAAGAUAUUAAAGCAUAUGAAAAGGAGUACAUAGGAUCUGAUGAAGAAAAGAAGGAUUUAAAGAAUGCAUAUCUCGCUGGUAAAGGUGACAUGGAUUAUAUUGUUGACCAAGUCCAAUUUGCUAGAUCAGAACAUGAAGCCAGAUUAAAAGCCAUCUUAUCUGAAAUGAUAGAACAAGGAGAAAUCCCAGCCUAUAAAAUAUUUACCCAUGAACCAGUCAAAAAACGUCAACGUCGACAUGCCAAGGAAAAUCGGGAAGCAAAAGAAGCAGAAGAGUUUAAGAAAGAACUAGGAUUAGGUUCAGGUGAAAAUAGUUUAGAAUUGAUGAUAAAACAGAAACAAGAAUCAAGAGCCAAUCAAAUGAAUUCAUUUCUUGAUAAUUUGGCUGCAAAAUAUGGUGAAAGUAAACCAAAAGGCAGGAAACGUAAAGCAAAAGAAACCAAGGAAACCACAAUGAAGAAACGAAAAUGAGGCUACUAUAUUUUAUUUUUUUAUCUUGUUAUCCUAGUGAAAUAUGAAAUAUGUUAUUUAUGUUUCACACGUCUGUUUAAGACAUUCUAAUCUUCUCAAUAAAAUAAUUAUUUAUAUGUA